UUCUGCAGAGCAUUAAAAAAAAGAGAGCGCGAGCUUGGCUGUUGAAAUCGUGUAGAAUUCAGUUGUAAAGCGGCUUUCUUGUGGCGCGCACGUUGGCACGAGGGUCAGAAGAUAAACGUAAAGAAUUCGAAACGAGGCAAAGACAUCGUGACUGCGACUACGAUUGCCACGCAAAAGAAAUUCCAAUUGGUGCUAAAAAGAAAAGCCAAAGGCCUAAAAAAGCAGCAAAAAGUGCAAAAUAAGAAAGCAAAAGGUGCGUGUCGUAGUGCGUACUUCCUACAACAAAAUGAUUUCCAAACAGCCCGACUAUAUUAUCUCCGAGCUGGGCUAUCCGCAAUGGCAGCAGCUAUGGGAUAAUGAAGUCUACAAAAUGUGUUUGCCACCAGCGCCGCCCUGCUCCAGCUCCAGCUCCAGUUCAGUCACCAAUCCCCCCUACUGUAGUCACAGCAGCAGCAAAGCCAAACGCUUGUUGCCUUGGCGUGAAACACUUGAUGAUUGCUACAAGCGUUUGCAGCAACGCGAGCAGCGUGUGGGGCAAGAGCGUAGCAGCAACUCAUUGGAUGUGGUGGCGCAACAAAAAUGGCAGAAGAAUCAUUGGAAUGAACAACAGCGAGCUAACAGUAAUAACAACAGCAGCAGCAAACGCAAUCAGAAAUGUCGAAAUACCACAACAGACCAAACAACAACAACAACGUGGGACUCUAGCGAUCUAAAUAGUUUCUGAUUGUGGAACGUAUUUGCAACAAUCAUAUCGGACUGAUUAAGCGUGCUAAAUUUAUUACGAAAAUUAGUUUUCCUAGACCUUUAAGCUUUAGUUUUAAGUACAUCGCAAGCAUUAACACUGAAAUUUUAAUUGCAUUUUACGCAGUUUGCAUAUAAAACACACAAAAAACACAUAAAUU